AUGGAAAAUUCAAAAGUGAUUUUGAUGGUGAUUUUGGGAAUGUUAUCAUUGUGGCCAAUGGUGGUUAUGGGAAGUCCAAAGCUUCAUAAGGUGGGAGGUUCCAAAGGUUGGAAUGAAAAAAGCAAUUAUACUCAAUGGUCUUCUCAACAACAUGUCUAUGUUGGUGAUUGGUUAAUUUUUGUGUUUGACAAAAGAUACUACAAUGUCUUGGAAGUGAGCAAGACAUCCUAUGAGAAUUGCAUAGACAGGAACUUCAUGAAAAAUGUAACACGAGGCGGUCGCGAUGUGGUUCAGUUGAUAGAAACAAAGACGUACUACUUUAUUAGUAGUGGAGGUUAUUGUUUUCAUGGAAUGAAAGUUGCUAUAGACAUUCAAGAACACCAAACACCGCCACCAUCUCCUUCUCUAUCAGAUAUAAAAUCGGAUGGCGAAUUUAUUUCGCCAUCAAUCUACACAUACUUUGGGAUUAUUGUUGUUAAUGUGGUUUAUGUGAGUUUGGUUUUCAUGGAGAUUUUCUAA